GUCAGGCUCCGCCCCGUGCCCCGCCCCGUGCGUCCUUCCCCGCGGGUUCAGCCCGGAGUGCGGCGCUCUCCGGGUCCCUUCUACCCCGGUGCGCUGUGGCCCCGCAUCGGGCUGGAGCGGACCCCGGGCUCUCGGACGCAGGUCCUGAUGGCCGCGCCCGUUACUCAGCAGGUCAGCGGCGGCGCCGCCCCGUCCCCGAGCCCGGCGCUGGCCGGCCCUGAGAGCGGGCAGCCCCUGGCGCCCUCCGUGGCCGAGCUGCCCGUGCUGGACGCCACGGGGAAGAGGCUGCCCUUCGGCGCACUGUUCCGGGAGCGACGCGCCGUGGUGGUCUUCGUGCGGCAUUUCCUGUGUUACAUCUGCAAAGAAUACGUGGAGGACCUGGCUAAAGUCCCCGAGCGACUCCUACAAGAAGCAAAUGUCACCCUUAUAGUGAUUGGACAGUCAUCCUACCAUCAUAUUGAGCCUUUCUGCAAACUGACUGGGUAUUCCCAUGAAAUCUAUGUUGAUCCUGAGAGAGAAAUUUAUAAAAGACUGGGAAUGAAAAGAGGUGAAGAAAUUGCCUCCUCAGGACAGAGCCCCCACGUCAAGUCAAAUCUGCUCUCAGGAAGCCUUCGGAGCCUGUGGCGGGCAGUGACUGGCCCUCUUUUUGACUUCCAAGGAGACCCAGCCCAGCAAGGCGGGACCCUCAUUGUAGGUCCAGGUAACAACAUCCAUUUUAUGCACCGUGAUAGGAAUAGGUUGGAUCAUAAACCCAUAAACUCUGUCUUACAGCUUGUAGGAGUUCCGCAUGUGAACUUCACAAGCAGACCUUCCAUCAUCCACGUGUGACUUGCCAGUGGUCCUUGGGAACCUGACCUUCAGUGCCAGCAUGCAGCACCUUGUGCUUUCUGGGGCUGGCCCCUCCCAGCCUCUGAGGGAGGAUGAGAGCAGAUUCCUUCCAUUUGGAUCCAGGUUGAGGCUUCAGUUGUCAAAAAUGUGAUACAUAGUUUAAAUUUUGUAGCUUUUUAUAGCUUUUUAAAAAAUAACGGAGUCAGUCUACUUUGGGCUGUGGAGAGCAGCUCAGCAGCAGAGCACUUGCUUCCCAGGAACAAGGCCCAGGGUUUACCCAGCACUUCAAAAAUAAAAAUAAAAAUACAUGCAUACAUACUUGUAAGUAUACAGGAGAAAACUUUAAAAGUUAUAGAACUCUCAUGCACAAGGCCCUGGGUUCAAUUCCCGGCACCACACACACCGCCCCCCCCCCCAAAAAAAAAAAUCAUAAAAUUAGGAACACAUUUGCUAAAAUUAAAUAACGUGGUCAGUUGUUCAAUAAAAGAUGGUUUCAGCAAUUAAAACAUAUAAAGGAAAUGGAAAAUAACUCCACCAUUUUAUUCAAUAAAAAAAGCAGGAUAUCAAAUUCUGUAAGCAAUAUAACCACUUUUUUUAUAUGUAUAUGUUUAUAUUUUGGUAUGCUUAGGGAAAAAAACAGAGGAGAAUUGCCAGUAUUGUAAGAUCACAGUUAUUUUUGUCUUUUUCAAGCUUCUCUUUAUUUUCCAGCCGUUCUCUAAAGAGCAUGAUUGACCUUUUCCUUUUCUUUUUUCCUUUCUUUUUUCUUUCCUUUCUUUUUUUUUUCUUCUUAUUUUUUUGACAAAGAUCUUUAAACACUGGAGGACAGAUACCUCCUCAGAGGUGCAGAUUACGAGGCUGAGGCCCGCUGGCUUCCAUCCUGUUAGUGCUCUGCCCGGGCACAGACCACGCCCCUGACACCCAGCCACAUCAGCCGCCUGUUGCACUAGGGUUUUUUGGUGGGAAAAAAGAAGUGAAGGAGAAAAAUGUUUUAGGGUCUUUGGAUUUUUUGUUUGUUCGUUUUUAACAUGGAGCUGGGGAUCAAGCCCAGGGCCUCACACAUGAGAGGCAAGUGCUCUGCCACUGAGCUAUAUACCCGCAGCCCAUUUAAGAUAUUUAAUUCAUGUAUUUAAAAUGUGGUCAGGGCUGGUGACAUAGCUCUGUGGUAGGCACUGGCCUUGCAGGCAUGAGGCUCUGGGUUCAAUCCCUGGGACUACACUAAAAUACAUAUAUAGAGAGAUAUAUAUACACACACAUAUAUUAUAUGUGUUAUAUACAUGUGUUUAUAUAUAUAUAUGUAAAAGUAUGCUUUUUGAAAUUUUAAGAAUGUGUGAAUUUUUAAAACUUUAUAACAAAUGUACACCAUGGUUUGGUUGUACAUUCCUAGACAACUACUAUUUCUUACCCCCUAUUGCUCUUAUUUAGAGAACUAUGUCAUCUUUUAUUUUUCUAGAAUCUUAAUAUUUUGGGGGGGAAGCAACCGAGAAAUACUGAUGAAAAAUAGUUACAUAAAAAUAAUGGUAAUUAGCAAGUAUAAAACCACUUUGAACUUAUAAUACUUUUAUAUAACAUGAAAUUACAAAAAAAUCUAUAUUUAAUGAACCCAAAUAUUUGUAUUUUCACAUCUGUAUACUUGAGCGGUCAUGUUUUAAUCAGUUAAAAUGAAGUUUCUCAUAAAAUUUGAAAAUAGA